AUGUCAAUGAAUCCAAACGAUGAUUAAUAGAGACUAUACUAGAUGUUCCAACAAAUGGGUAAUCCAGACCCAUAUGGACGAAUGUUACCAGUGCCAAAUCCCCCAUAUUACUCUUGUUGGACUCCACCGUUUGGAUAACCUAUGAUGCCACCACCUCCAAAUUAGAAAUACCCAUUUCCUGAAUAAUUUAUGCAUGACCAAGCUCUUCAAAUGAAUUCUCUUCAACCUAAUCAAGGUGGAAUGAAUUUAAAUGGCAUGCCAUAAGGUUUACCAAAUAUGCCUCCAAUGCCCAUGGGAUUUGGAAUGCCUCCUAUGGGACCAGGUCAAAUACCACCUGGAGCCAUGGGUCCAGGUCCUUUGGGCACGAUGGGUACAAUGGGUCCCAUGGGUCCUAUGGGUCCAAUGGGUCCCAUGGGACCUAUGGGUCCUGGACCUAUGUAAUUACCUGGGAUGGGACCUAUGCCCUAAGGACCCAUGGGAUAAAUGCCGCCAUUUGAUUUUUAAUUUAAACAACAACCACAAUUAUAAUAGUAAUUAGGACCAAAUCAAAUGAUACCACAAUAAUAAUAAUAAUAAUAAUAAUAACAAUAAUAAUAACAACAACCUUAGUAAUAAUAAUUACAACAGCAACCCCUACCAUAAUAAUAAGCACCUUAAAUAUAGUAAUAACAAUAAUAAUAAGCGAAUUAAAAUACAAGUACAAAUAAUAAUAGUAUAAAUUAAUAAAACAAUUUAGAAUAAGGUUUUUCACAAGUGGUGAACGAGUUUUAAUUAAAGAUUUUGAAUAUGUUUGUUUAACAAAAUUAAAUGCUCCUAGACUUUAAGAAUAAAAAUGCCAGUUUGGAGAGUGUGAUCACUUAGAUUUUAGAUGAAAUUACAAAUCUACAAAGAAUUGUCGAAUAGAAAUUUGAUAAUGGAUAAACAGAAGAUUUUGUUAGUAGAUUAUCAAUUCCUCAUUAAGAGAUGACUCAUAACAACAUCUUACUAAAGUCUUUAUCUUAUACUUUAAAUGAAUUCUAAUAUUAAUUAGUUUUGGUCAAUGAUUUAGAUACAGUGUUGUUUAAAGACAAGAACUUUAACCUUGAGAUCGCUCUUAAAGAUAUGAAAGGAUAAGAUAUUAAAAACAAAAGUAAAAUAGAAUUAGAGAUAUAACUAUAUUCAUCUGAUGAUAAGCCAAUGAUAUUACAACAUAAUUCAUCAAAUUAAGUAAUCUUAAGAUUGCCUGAGGAUAAUAUUUGGUUGGAAGAUGGAAUAGUUGAAGUUGAGAAACUUUAAAUUAAUGAAGUUACAUCUCACUAUUAAAAUGGUUGGGUACACAUGAUAGUAUUUCCAAUUAAAAAUAAUACUAAAAUAGGAUCAGAUGACAUUAAUCCUGCAUUAAUAAAGCCAUUAAUAUUGUAAAUAGUUGUGAAAUCUAAAAAAACAUUUAAGAAAUCCUCUCGUUCAAGAUCGAGAUCUCAUGAAAGAUUAAGAAGAUUAGAAAAGUUAGAAAAUAAAUCUAGUUCAGAAUCAGAAUAGGAAAUUGAAUAAAAGGAGAUGAAAAUUUCAUAAGAAAAGUAAAAUGGAAAUGAAAAUGAAAAAGGAGAAAAAGAUAAUUAAAUAGAAGAAUAAAAUGAGGAUGAAAAAGCUAAUAAUAACAAAAAUAAUAAAAACAAUCAAAAUGAUAAUGAAUAGUAGAAUGAAAAUUAAAAACAAAAAGAGGAAAUUUAUUAAAAUAAUGAAUCUGAGUCUUGAGAAUCAUGAUGUAAUUAUGAUACUUAUUUAUUAAAUUUCA